CAGGGCUCAGCUCCCCGCGCCGUGCACUUACUGCCCUUGCCCAUUGGAACCCUAAUCCUCGGCCUGGAUUUGGAGGCCUGCUCUCUCAAGGAGAGCCUCCCUCUUUCAAAAGUUGUAAAUCCUGCUGCUAUUGAGCUGAUUAGCACAGGUAUUCAAGUGAGCUUGGGUAAAAGUCCAUUUAGCCGGUUACAAAAACUCGGGAACACAUGUCAGAAGAACAGCAUUUCUUCCAUCAAUGUACAGACAGACCUGUCCUGCACCACACCACAGUUCAUGCCGUCUGCACAGUGGGCCAGCCCUGACUCCUCCGUGGAUUCCUGUUCAACUGAUUUGACAUUUGGUUCCCAGGUUUCCCUUCCCAUUAGUGUUAAAACUCAAACUUUUUUGCCCAUCUCUAAGGUUGCCUCAUCCAUCACUGCUCAGACUGAUCCAUUUAUAGAUGCCAGUUUCCAGCCAGGUGGGAUCUCCAGAGAAACGCAGACCGGAGGAAUGCAAAGUCCAGCAGAUGACCGAGUACACAUGGACCAAGCUGUAAUGUGUGGAGACAUUUUUGAAAGUGUCCAUUCAUCAUAUGGUGUGUCUACAGACAAUAUUAUAAGCAGCAGCUUAGAAGCAGAGACUGUAACUCAUGACUUGUUACCUCAGAACCAUCCUAAAACUUUAACUCAAUAUAUUGAGAAAUCCACACCAAUUAUAAACUUCAGUGCACCAAAUUGAAUGUUUUCGUCACAGAACAUGACAGAUAAUCAGACCCAAACCAUGGAUUUACUAAGUGAUCUAGAAAACAUCUUGUCAAGUAACCUACCUGGUCAGACGCUGGACAAUCGUAGUCUUUUGUCUGACACAAACACUGGACCUGACACCCAGCUCCCAUCUGGCCCAACACAGAAUCCUGCAAUUGAUUUUGAUAUUGAACAGUUCUUUUCAGCCUCAAAUAUACAGACGCAAACCGAGGAGAGUGAGCUUAGCACCAUGACCACUGAGCCAGUCUUGGAGUCGCUGGACAUAGAAACCCAAACUGACUUCUUCCUUGCAGACCCUUCAGCCCAGGCCUACAGUUGUAGAGGGAAUUCUAGCUUCUUAGGCCUUGAGAUGUUUGACACACAGACACAGACAGACCUGAACUUCUUGUUCAACAAUAGCCCUCGUCUGCCCCUGGGAAGUAUCCUGAAACACUCCAGUUGUUCCAUGAGUACUGACUCAUCUGACACAGAGACCCAGACUGACGGAAUCUCCACUGCUAAAAACCUGCCUGCCUUGGAAAGCAAAGUUCAGUUGAACAGUGCCGAAACACAGACCAUAAACUCUGGCUUCGAAACUUUGGGGAGCUUAUUCUUCACCAGCAAUGAAACUCAGACAGCAAUGGAUGACUUUCUUCUGGCCGGUCUGGCCUGGACCAUGAUGGAAUCUCAGCUCAGCUCUGUUGAAACCCAAACGUGUGCAGACCUACAGCCAGUCUCCAACUUCUGA